AUGCAAACAGCCGAAAGUGUUUGUUUAUGGAAUUAUCAAUUUAAAAAUAAAACAUCUUAUUUAACUUGUACAAAAAAUUUAUUAUGUCAAAAUGAAUUAUUAUCAAAAGCAAUAAUUUAUUGUAUACAAUGUAAUUCAUUACAAUGUUUUUUAUGUGAUAAUGAAAUUCAUAAAAAUUUAAAUAAUAAUCAACAUCAACGAUUAAAUUUAGAUGAAAUUGAAAAUGAAUUUUGUUCAAUUGAUCAACAACAUCAAGCUAUUUUUUAUUGUUCAACAUGUUCAUUAUCAUUUUGUUAUAAUUGUUAUGAAAAACAACAUCAACAGUCAGAUGAACGAGAACAUAAAUUACAAAAAUAUCGAGAUGAACAAAGUUUAUCAAUUAAAAAUAAUAAUGAUCAACAUAAAAUUGAAACUAAACCGAUUAAAAUUCCUGCGUCUUCCAAUGUAAAUAAUGAUAAUACAGAACCUUCAGCAUAUUCAUUUGAAGAUAUUCAAAUAGAUAAUAAUGAUGAAAAUAAUAUAUCAUUAUUAAAUCGAAAAGAACAUUCAAUACAAUCAGUUACUUAUCAAAUGAAUAAAUCAAAUUCUAUGCCGAAACAACAUAAUUUUAAUCAACAAAUGUUACUUGAAUCAAUGAUUGAUGAUAAUGAAAAUGAUCAUACAAUUAAAAGUGAUAAUUGUCUUUCACAACAAAAUCAAUCUGAUAGUGAUUCACAGAAAGAAUUUUUACUCUUCGAUACUAAUGAACAUUUAACUAUAAACAAUGAAUCUGAAUUUUUACAUCGUUUAAAAUGUGAAAAAGAUCUUAGUGUAAAAUGUAUAUCUAUAAUUGGUAAUACAGGUGAUGGUAAAUCUUAUACACUUAAUCAAGUAUUUUUUAAUGGUCAAGAAAUAUUUCAUACAUCAUCAACAGCUAAUUCAUCUACAUUAGGUAUAUGGACAGCACUUGAUGAAUAUCAUCGAAUACUUAUAUUUGAUACUGAAGGUCAUUUUGGUUUAUCAGAAAAUGAUAAUAAACAUAAUAGAUUAUUACUUAAAAUUCUUUGUAUAAGUGAUAUUAUUAUUUAUCGUACACGUGCAUCGAAAUUAUCAAAUGAUAUGUUUCAAUUUUUAUCUGAUAUUUCAAAUGUAUUUAUAAAAUAUUUUCGAAAAGAAUUAGAAAAUAUUAUGAAAAAUUGUAAAAUUGAUGAAUCUAUAUCAACUAUAGGACCAACAUUAAUUAUUUUUCAUGAAACACAACAUACAGAAAUAUUAAAAGAUUAUUUUCAAUGUCAAAAAACAGCUGUUGAACAAUUAAAAGAACGUUUUGAAACAAUGAAAUUAUCUUAUGAUGCUUAUAGUUCAAUUGAAUACGUUGGUAUUCAAACACAAGGAGAAGAAUCAUCAGAUUUUAAUAAAAUCAAAGAAACUAUUACAGUAGCACUUGAUGAUAAUAGACGUGUUCGAAGACCUUUAUCCGUUAUUUUCAAAGUAUUAAAAGCAUUAAAUGAAAAAUUUAAUCAUGUUAUUUCCCCAUCAAUACCAUCGACAUUACCAGAUGAUUUUUUUGCGUGUAAUACAAAAUGUCUUUCUUGUGGAGCUAAAUGUAUAAUACCAGCAAAUCAUGAAAAAGAUAAUAUUCCACAUAAAUGUGAUAAACGAUGUUUAUAUAAUAAAGAAUUAGAUAAUGAAGUUUGGAAAUGUUUAUUAUGUCAUCGUGAUGGACGUGAUACAAUUGUCUAUGGAAAAUUAAUAAAAAAAAAUGAUAAUCUUGUUCAAGGAUUACUUAAAUAUGUUUGGUCUGGUUGUGCUAUUGAAUGUCGAUAUCAUGGUGAAAUUUAUCGUUCAAGAAAACAUUGGUAUGGAAAUAAUGAACCAAAAGAUGUUACAUAUGUAGAAAUAAUUCAUGUGUGGCCUGAUGAUGAUAAUAGUCGAUUAGCUAGUGAUGUUACACCAAGAAAAUUUGUUGAAUUAAUUGUUUAUGCUAGCAGUUAUCUUUCAGCACCAACAAAACUAAUAACAGAAAUGGUCGCUGAUCAAGUAGCACCAUCGUAUUGGGUACCAAAUAAAUAUGUUACUGUUUGUUCAGGAUGUAAACUUCAUUUUGGUUCAGAAUAUUCUAAACAUCAUUGUCGAAUAUGUGGUCAUGUAUUUUGUGAUACAUGUACAAAAUAUCGUCGUAUUGUUUCAUGGAUUGAUACUGAAAAAUCAGUACGUGUAUGUCGUAAUUGUAAUGAAAAUCCGAAAUCAUUAUCUGAAAUACAAAAACAAUUAAGUCAAAAAAUAUAUGAAAAUGGUUGUAGUGAUGAUUCAAUAAGUACAACUUCAUCCAGUGAACAACUUAACGAUUUAUAUUUAACACCAACUGAUAUUUUUGAUAUUGAACAACCAAGUACAGGUGCAGUUUUAGUUGAUAUUCCAACAUCAAGACGUGUUUAUGAAACUGUUAAAAGUGGACUUGAAAAAAUUGGAGUUAAUUAUCCAAUUGAACUUAUUAAAGAAAGUACUCGACCAAGUUAUUGGAAACCAGAUAAUGAAUGUUAUGCUUGUCAUAUUUGUAAACGAAUAUUUAAUAAUACAACAAAUCGAUUACAUCAUUGUCGAAGUUGUGGUGAUGGUGUUUGUGAAAAUUGUUCACCAAAUCAACGUCCUGUACCAGAACGAGAUUGGUUAACACCUGUACGUAUGUUUAUGUAUAAUGGUUAUUCAUCGUAUGAUAGUGAAAUUCAACGACACAUUGUAUGUAAUUCACCAUUAUCAUCAAAUGUACCAUUAUCAGUAGCUGAAGAAAUUGUUUUACCUUAUUUAAAACAUAUAAAUGAAUUAAUAAUAAGUAAUCGAUUAUUUUCAAUUAUAACUGAUAAAGAUUUUAAAUGGACACUUGAAAUAUUUGCAUUUGGUUUUACAUGUGAAGAACCUGUUAUACUUCAAUUAUGUUCAAAUAUUUAUGUUGAAUGGUUAAAAGUAUUUGAAGGAGGAACAUCAAAUAAUUCAAAUUCAAUUCCACCAAUAUUAAGAGAAAAAACAGAAUUUUAUUGGUCACAAAUGUUUUGGCAUUUAUAUCAUCUCUUUGUUGUUCAUGAUGAGAAACCAGCUGAUCUAUUAACAAAACGUAUAUAUACUCAUAAAGUUCUUCGUCAAUUACAAGCAAUGAUUAGUCAAACAGAUUUAAGUCUUGAUUUAUGGCAUAUUUUACUUCAAGUAUUUUUAGCUAUUGGUAAUACUGUACUAUCUUCACCUUAUCGAACAAAUGAAGAAGCUACUGCUGUUAUGAGUUUUCGUCUUGUACCAUCGAUUUAUCAAGUAUUUUUGGUUGCUGUUUGUAAAGUAGAUAUUCCACCUGGUUUAUGGAGAACAUUUCGUGAUUAUGCAGUAACUUGGUGUCAUCGACCUGCUGUUGUGUAUGAUUGGGCACAACUUACAUGUGUUCUUACAUCAACUGUUGUACGAAAAUUAUGGUGGCCAGAUUUAGUACCACUUCAAUAUAUUUGUACUGAAACUGAUCAAAGUGAUUAUAUACAAAAGAUAAUCGAUUCUCUUCCAUUAGAUUUACUUGUUAUAACAUGGAUCAAAUUUCUUACGAUUCUACAAAAUCCAUCUGAAUGUGGUGAUGUUACAAUUUUUCUUCGUAUGCCAAAAUACGCAAAUCAAUUACAAGGAAAUUCAAAUAUAAAAUUAAGAGAUUUAACAUCAUUACAAGAAUUACCACGUAUUUUUGUUAAUGUUACUAAAGCAAUUGGAAUGUUUGUUGAUAUAUGGUUAGGAAAAGAUAUUGAUUCAACUUCUUUAUAUAGCCCUAAACCUAUGAGUAAUUCAACAGUUUCAAUGAAUGAUAAUCCAACAUCAAAUAGUAAUGUAUUAUCAUCAUCACGUCCUUUUGCUCAAUCUGUUCGUGCAAUUCCAUCAAAUUCACAACAACAGCAACAACCACCAAUAGCGGGAACAUUAAAACCUACGAAAUCAUAUACUGAAAAUCGAAGAAUCAGUACUCCACCUAGUCAGAUAUCUUCAGCAGUAUCACCAACAACUAAUACAAAUUUAUCAUUAUCAAUUUCUCAACAAAAUCGUUCUGAACAAUUAUCAAAAAUUUUACGAAUAAAUCGACCUACUAUAAAUAGUUUAAUGCAUUUAUAUGGUCCAUGGAUAUUAGAUGCUUGUUUAUUACAAAUGAAAGAUCGUUAUACACGUUCAGGAACAAUAAUUAAUUCAAAUGAUUCUUCACGAAUAAAUGAAAUUGAUAAGACAUUAGAUAUUCAGAAUGAACGUUUAAUAGAUGAAGCAUUUGCUAAAUCAUUUGCAACAAUAUGUACAAUAUUUGGUAGUGCACAUUGUAAUGAAUUUAUACAUGCAGAAUAUUUAAGUAGAUUUUAUUAUGUUUUACAACAAGGUCUUCGAUUUUAUCAAGGUGAUGAACAACGUUCUCGAACAAUAAUUGAAUCAAUUUUAUUAAAUAGUGCUGAUUUAUUUCGUAUUAAUUUACGUGGUAUUAAUAUUUUAUUACCACUUUAUUUAGAUGCUAUUGAAUGUUAUCUUCAAAUUGAUUUUCAAACAUAUAUUAAUAAUCAAUCAAAUAUAAAAAAUGUAACAAUUAUUCGUGAUCGUUUUAUACGUAUUCGUUUAAAAUCAAUUCAAAUACUUAUGUCAAUUGUUAGUUUACCAUUUUAUUAUGAAGAUCUUCAACAAUAUUUAUUUGAAGAUUAUCUUGAAAAAUCACAUGAUGUACAACCAACAGUUAAAACAUUUUUACAAUAUCGUUUUAAAAUAUUUCAAUUAUUAUUAAAUGCUUUACACAUCGAACAAGAUAUUACUAAUGUUCAAUUAUUAUUUGGUACUAUUCGUUUAGCUUGUUCAUUAUUAGCUCACGAUGAACGACAACAAGGAAAAUCAGAAGAAAAAGUUAAUAAAGAUAUACCUCCGGAAUAUUCAAGUCAUGCAGUAUUAUUAAUUUGCGAGAAAGGUACAAGUGAUUCUCAAUUAUUUUUGGCUGCACUUGAUACACUUACUUCAUUUGUAACUGAUCCAAUAUGUCAAAUACCUAUUGAAAUAUGGAAAAAAGUUCUUAAACGUUUAUGUACAUUUAUUGAUACACAAUUACAUUUAAGUCCAAAACAUCAUACACGUGAAAUGCAUUCAACAUGUGUUGCAACAUAUAAUACAUUAAUAACAUUAAUUAUUGAACGGCCAACAUUACUUGAUGAUGUAGAAAAUUUAUUUCAAUUAUGUGAAAUUAUUGAAUUAGGAAUAUCGGGUGAAAAAGCUCAGUCAUCAGAAAAAAUUAUUUAUAAAAAAUAUAAAGAAUUUCAUCCAGCAUCACAACGUGUUGCUGAAGCUGCUGAAUAUUUAAUGUGUAUUCUAUUUGAACAUAAAAGUUUAAGCCAAUUAACAAAUGUUUCACAGCGUUCUGUGGAAGGAGCAUGUAGACAUGCUGAACUUGCUGGUGAUAUAUUAAAUGAAGAGGCUGUCUUACAUUUGAAAAAUGAUAUAUGUAGAAAUUGGUUGGAUGAAACAACAUUUUCUAAUUCAAUGACAUCAACACAAUUUAAAUAUUUUGCUGUAAAUGGAAAUACUUUAUUUGCAAUUACUGAAUUACCAAUUAGUGUUAAUAAUGGUAUGCCAGCAAUUAUUCUUCUUUGUCGUGGAUUAUUCGGUAAAAAUGUUUGGACAUUAAAUUUUCGUUAUAAUCCUCUAUCAAAUCUACUAAUACGUCGAAAUCAAUCUAGUGAACGAAUUUUGAGUGAAAAUGAUAAAACAACUUCAUCAUCAACCAUUAGUUCAGUCAAUGAUCAUAAAGAAAAACUUGUUCUACCACAUAGUACACGAAAUGAACGAGCAAAAAGCGAUUCAUCUCGACAUAGCAGUUUUUAUCAUCCACCUGAAUUAAGUAUUCCAACAUUAAAUUCUGUUGUUAAACGUGAUGAAGAAAAAUUAAAUUUAUUUCGAACAUUAAAAACAAAACAAAUUAAAAUUGAAGAAAAUGCUAUACAACGUACUUAUUUAAUUGAUGAAAAACCGAUACCAGAAUGCAAACCACAAGAAUGUCAAAAACAUUUCGAAAGUAUUCGUUUAUUUUUAUCACAUUAUGGUUUUUGUUCAUUAGAUUCAAUGCAUCAUCUUAUUAAUGGAAAACAAUGGGUAAAAGAAAUUUUUUUUUUUUUUUUUGAUUUUCGAAAAAUUUGAUUAAAUAUUAAUAGAAUGAAUC